UGGUCAUUCCCUGCACUGUCUGCAGUCUCUGGUCAUUCCCUGCACUGUCUGCAGUCUCUGGUCAUCCCCUGCACUGUCUGCAGUCUCUGGUCAUCCCCUGCACUGUCUGCAGUCUCUGGUCAUCCCCUGCACUGUCUACAGUCUCUGGUCAUUCCCUGCACUGUCUGCAGUCUCUGGUCAUUCCCUGCACUGUCUGCAGUCUCUGGUCAUUCCCUGCACUGUCUGCAGUCUCUGGUCAUCUCCUGUACUGUGUCUACAGUCUCUGGUCAUCCCCUGCACUGUCUACAGUCUCUGGUCAUCCCCUGCACUGUCUACUCUGUCUCUGGUCAUCCCCUGCACUGUCUACAGUCUCUGGUCAUUCCCUGCACUGUCUGCAGUCUCUGGUCAUCCCCUGCACUGUCUGCAGUCUCUGGUCAUCCCCUGCACUGUCUACAGUCUCUGGUCAUCCCCUGCACUGUCUGCAGU